AUGGGAGGAUCGGGUUGGGAGGCAGCAGUCAAACCUUUCCUGAGCAAGGAGCCUCGGGACGUGACGGCGCUAGUGGACUCUAGCGUGGAGCUGGAGUGCGCCGCGGGCGGAGACCCGCCGCCCAAAGUUCUCUGGAGGCGGGCCGACGGCAAGAUGCCCAUCUCCAGGGCCAGGCUCACCGAGGACAAGAGCCUCCGCAUCGAGAGGAUCGCUGUAGAGGACGAGGGUGUCUACAUCUGCGACGCCACCAACCUCGUCGGCACCAUCACCGCAAAAGCAACCCUCACCGUCCACUCGCCUCCUACAUUCACGGUGAAGCCGGAGGACCAGACGGUGGGCCUCAACGGGGUGGCCCAGUUCGAGUGCGCUGCCCGCGGGUCACCGCCGCCCUCUGUCUAUUGGGCCAGGGAGGGCAGUCAGCUCCUCAUGUUCCCCGCCAACUCCUACGGCCGCCUCCACGUCAGCCCCCAGGGGCAGCUCACCAUUCACGGCGUCCUCAGGGAGGAUGCGGGCUUCUUGGUCUGCUCCGCUCUGUCUGUAGCUGGGUCAGCCACAGCCAGAGCUUAUCUAGAGGUGAGAUCGACCGGAGACAACCCGCCUCCUAUCGUCGAGAUAGGCCCUGCAAACCAGACCCUGCCUAGGCACUCAGUGGCCAUCCUCCCCUGCCAGGUCCGUGGGCAGCACGUUACGUCUUGGUCCAAGGAUGGCUCCACCCUGAAGAUAACGCAUCGCCAUAGCGUCUUUACCAAUGGCACUCUUCAGAUCGACGAUCUGGAAAACACAGACUCUGGAGUGUACACCUGCACAGCCAAGUCGGAUAGUGGUGAGAGUUACGCUUCUGGUUGGCUUCGUGUUGGUGGAGAUCCUGAGCGUGGUCCAGAACCAGGGGCCCUGCCACGAGCCCCCUCUUCCCUCAGGCUUGUCAAUGCAUCGCUGCAUGCACUCACCCUCGCCUGGGACCCUCCUCAGGGGGCCUCUACUCUGACGGGCUACACCAUGGAGUACUACAGUCCUGACUUACAGGGUGGAUGGGUUGUAGCUGCCAGGGGUGUAGUUGGCCACAUGGUCACGAUAAAAGAUCUUAAGCCAGAAACAAGGUAUAUUUUUACCGUAAGAUCAGAAAAUGCAUUUGGUCUGUCAGUUCCAAGUAAUAUGUCUGAGAUUCUGAGAACUCUUGGUGGUGAACCGAGAGGAGUUUCUCAAGCUCAACUGGAAGAGGCACGAUUGAGAUUAGGAACAAGGGUUAUAAAUUUGAUGGAGUUAAGCCCCAUCUCUUCGACAACAGUUAGGGUAACCUGGGAGAUUCUAACUUCAGACGAUUACAUUGAAGGAGUCUACAUUAGGUUCCGUGAAGUUUCGGGCGGCUGGCACAAGUACAGCCUGGUCACAGUGAUGGCCGCUGGAGCAACACAUUAUACUGUAUCAUCAUUGAGGAAAUUUACAAAAUAUGAAUUCUUCCUCACACCAUUCUUCAAGUCUGUUGAAGGUCAACCAUCCAACUCCAAAUUUGUCCAGACCUUAGAAGAUGUUCCUUCAGCUGCCCCUCUUGGUCUUUCAGCAGAAAUACUUAACUCAACAACUGCCCAGUUAAGAUGGUCAGCCCCUCCGAUGCAGCAUCAUAAUGGUGUCAUUACUGGAUAUAAAGUGGUAAUUAGAAGUAACAUGACCUUGCAUGAAACUGUCCGAAAUACGACAGUGCCGUCACUACUUUUGAACAAGCUGAACCCGAAAUUUGGUUACACUGUGGUUGUUACUGCCAUUACAAGGAUUGGGUCAGGACCUUUCUCGAGAGAGCUGGUUCUUUCAACCGCUGCCACUAGCAGAGCACGGCAAGGACAUACAUGGCUGCUUGUCCUUUCUGCAGCUUGUGCUUUGGUACUUGGUCUUUCAUGUUCUGCAGCACUUUACCUGAGAAGACGUGGCUUAGCAAAAGAGCUUGGUCAUUUAUCAGUGAGUGGUAAUGAAGUGUCAUUACUACAUUCAAAUGGUAAAGAGACCCUGUGGAUCGAGAGAGGAGGAUGGGGCAAAGAAGCACUUGGUGAUUACGCGGAAGUUGAUACUCGUGGUUUGACAACUUUUGCAUCUCGGAAAGAUCAACCAACGCCUUAUGCCACCACAACUCUUCUCAAUAGGAGGCCUCAUCAGGAGUUAAUGCCUCUUUCUGAAACCAAAAUCGAAGAAGUAGACGAAGGUAACCAACAAAUGAGCUCGAUUGAUUCUGGCAUGUACUACAGUGAAGAAGUGAAACCGACCCCAAAACAACUGGGAAACCCUGGUAAAUUCAAUUCUGCUGGAAAUGUGGCUAACUGGGCUGAAUUUUUACCACCUCCUCCCGAUCAUCCUCCACCUCACCAUAGGGCUCGUUCCAUUAAUCAAGAAAUGUGUGUCAGCCCUCAAGUGUCGAGGAGAUGCCCUCCACCUCUUCCUCCUGCCAGGAACUACAGCCCAGCCUGGCUUGAGAGCCAGUCCGUCGGCUCUGACUCCAGCAAACACAAGCAUUUCCCACCACCAGCUCAGAAGCCUCCACCCAUCCCUCGUUAUAAUGGAACCAACCAAUCCCAAAGUAGCAGCAGUUCUUCAUCCUGUCCAUAUCACCAGUGCAGUAGGAAGGCCACUCAUGAAGAAAAUGCCAGCUUACUCUAUAAGCAGCCUAUUGCAAAUGAUGACCACUGUUCUCACUCCCAUGACAAAGGAAUUCAGUCUACAUUAAAUAGCAGAACUUACUGCAAACAUGAUGAUUAUAGUGGUCCAUGUUAUGAAGACUGUAGUGCAAGUGAUACAGGCUGUUCAUGCAGCGAAUCCUCCUGCCUCUACUCAGAAGCCAACCAUUCAGAAAUAUGCGCUAACUAAGUUUCGUAAAGCUUCUUUAUUCUGCAAGGAGAUAUGUUACCUAUGAGUCAAUCAAUGGCUAUCAAGAGGGUGGGAUGCAAUCGCUGGUCUAUCCCUCCAGCCUGAUUUGGACAUUUUGAAGCGGAAGACUUGAGCUGUGAUGUAGGGUAGAACUAUUACCAUUGAGAUUCAAUCUCACUUUAUCAUCAAACAUUGAGUAGUUGGUAAAAUAAAAAUAAAGAGAACAUUAUUUAGAGUCACAAAAGUCGUUUAGGUGUCUCUGGUCCGUUGUAUAUAAUUGCACUGCGUGCAAACAGUCCAUGACAUAUAUCUUGUCAAAUGUGAAGUUACUAAGUCCUGCUGUAGAAAUAUUGUGUUCGUGUACAGAUUUGUAAUAUAAUGUAUCUAGUUCCGUACAUAGUCUUAUAAAAUUUUAUUAAUAUAUAUAUAUAUAUAUAUAAAAAGAAAAAGAAAAGUGGAAAUCUUGUUUAAUAAAAAAAAAUUUAUAUCCCGUGUUUUUCUUGUUAUAAGUUUUAAAAUGCUAAGCUUUUUGAAAUUUUUAAUUAAAUAUUCAUAUAUUAAAAUUAAAAAAAAAAAAAAAAAAACCACUGCCUAUUAAGUCAAUAUAAUUUUUUUUAGGAUUAGAUUGUAAACAGUGACUGUUGUAAAAGUGAAUUGUAGUGUAUAGUACUUUAGGACUGGCUAGUUAUUUUAGAGCCCCCACUUGAGUAGGCGGCUUUUGUUUAAAUGUUGAAAAUAAUAACUGCUACAUUCCUCUAGUUUAAUAAAAAUAAAUUUUAAAAAUGAAUUGUGAGAAAUCAAGAGCACAAGUAGAAAUAGAAUUUUAAAAAGGUCAAUGGAAUAUACCUGUGAUAGUGUAUACAUUUUGAAGAUUUUUAAAACUGAAUACGUAAAGUUUGUGACUUAAUAAAAACCAGUAGAUUUUUUCUACUUAUAUCACUAUUAAUAUCAUAGGAUUUCUCCUGUUCGUAUGUUUUAGUUUUUAAAAUUCUUAUUUUAUAGAACUAAAUUAUAGCACUUGUUUGAAUUUCAUUUUAUUUAUUUUCUAUUGACAAUUCAAGAAGUAGUGACUUUAUCAAGGAUUUAUUCAAUAAUAUUGGUGUGGCUAAUAAUUUGUUUUUUCUUGUAAAUUUCCGUCUAUUGAUAUGCUAUAAUUAAUUUCAAAUUUUGUAAGCUAAACUGUGAACUAUUAAGAUUUUUUUUUCCUGAUUAUUUCUUCCAAAAUGUAUUUUUAACACUAGAUUUUACUUGUCUUGAUGUUUCAAUUUUAUACUUAGUAAUAAGUCAUUAUUAUUAUAUUUCAAUUUUUUUGGAGGGAGAGAGGGGAAAUUCAUAUUAAGUUUGAUCACCAUUAGGUACGAUAUGAAUGAUUAUUGGUCAUGAAAUAUAAUUCUAUAUUUCAAAACAUGUUGAUUUUUGAAACUGCAAUUGAAAGUUUUGUUUUCAUGCUGUACUUAAAAUUAAUAUUUGAAUCUGUAUUGUUGAUGAGUCUAUUACUUGAUUAGUUUCUUCUUUACCUCUAAGAUUUCAAGUUUUGUUAUAUUUUAAUAUAAUCUACCAAAUACAGUUUUUAGAAAUAAAGAUAUGUAAUUUUUAAAAAAAACAACCUCUAAGCCUGUAAAUCUAGUGUUAAUUAUUUUCUGGGCUGCUAAUGUUCAAAGAAUCAUUAUGUUUUAAUUGUUUAAUAACAAAGUAUCUUGAUUUUGUAGAAAGAUUGUUUUGAAAAUUGAUAUUCUCAUGUUUAAAAGUAUCAAAAUGUUAUUUUUUCCAGUCAUAUUUGAUUAUACCUUUGGUGUGUCUAAUAUUUUUUAUUAUUUAAAUAAAUUAUAACUAACUCAUUUGCAGCCCUUAAAGGUUUAUUUCGAAAAUUGAACAAAAAAAGUAAUGUAUUACAAUAUUCUUGUUCUUUGUAAAUAUGUUCGAACGUUGAAACUUAAUCCAGAAAAAAAAAAAAAUUGUAUAUUUGAAGAUUAUGUUUAGUGCCAUUUUAUUGAUUUUGUGAUUAUAUAUUGUUAAGGUAUUUAUUUGAUAAUUAGUUGAAACGGUAUAGUGUAAAAAACAAAAUAAAAAUAAUGAAGAAUUGGGAGGAUGAAUAAUAUAAACUUUUGUUACUAUAGACUGAUUAUUUAUAUGAUCUGUAUUAUUUCUUUGUAAAUAUGUAAAAACUGCUUACGUGUGAAUGUUUUAUAAAUAUUGAAUACAGAAUUUUAUAUACAUUGUCAUAUACUUUUAGAAUUAUAUAAAUAUUGAAAGAUUUUUUUUUUUUUUUUAUAA